AUGUGCUCACAGGCUGUGCGAAAGUGGGGCUCAGGUCUAAAGCCGGUGGCAACCCGUUUCAGAGCAAGAAAUUCCUGUCUCUCCGCUGAACUAAACUUGCCAGAAUCGACGAACUUGCAGCGACGCAAGGCAGAACAUGGAUCGGAGCGAUCUGAGGGUCAAAAGGAGAGGUCUCGAGGGACGGCACUAAAGGAGCGGAGAAGUGGGCGAAACUGGGUCGCGGCUAUAGCCUUGAGAGACGUCAUCGGAGUCCUGACAAUAAUCCGGAAUGCAGCUGGCCGCAAGUAUGAGCCCAACCUGGACAAGAGUCCUGGUAAGCGUCGCCAGAUCGAUCUGAUCUGCGUGUUAGAAACUGGUUGCUGUGGUUAUCGGUACAACCACAAGUCCGGAUUCUGUCCGGACUUGGCGUGCAGAACUUGCAGACCGGAGCCAAGAAGUCCACUUCUUUGUUGUUUUUCCGCGAUGGACCAAUGCGAUGCCAACAUUCCGGCGGCGUGGAACGCCACGUCAGAAGCUAAAGUCGACUUAACGAAUGGGGCGGUCUUCUCGAACACUCUCGCAGGCGUCUACUCAGGAACUAAGCCAGAGCCGCGAGGGCUGGAACGAGGCCGCAAUUGUUGCACGGACGAAUGGGUCGAGCGGAUCGCCGUCAUGCUCCGUUUUGACGAGUGGUACUGA